AUGGAUGGCCACCAGCAAAGCCAGAAGGAUCCUUUGGAAUUUGCCAGGAGUGAGUCGAAAAACUCACCGGAUAGCAAUUGGAUUGUGCAGAAGUUUGGAGGUACCAGUGUUGGGAAAUUCGCAUUGAACAUCAUUGAUCAAGUGGUAUUACCAAGUCUACUCGAACACCGCGUGGCUAUAGUCUGUUCGGCACGGAGUAGUUCAACAAAGGCUGCAGGAACCACGAACCGUCUGUUGCGAGCAGCUCGGGAUGCGGAAGACGCUCUAUCACAAGAAUAUGCUUCCCUUGUUGAGGCAGUCCGGCUCGAACAUAUCCAGGUCGUUGACGAUCAAAUCCAGUCUAAGGUACUCAAGUCCCGGCUCGUUUCAGAGAUAAACAACGAAUGCGACAAAGUACUUCGAGUCUUGGAGGCUGCACAGACACUAGGAGAAAUAAGCGCACGAUGCGUGGAUAAAGUGAUCAGUACAGGAGAAAAAUUGAGUUGUCGCUUAAUGGCCGCAUAUAUUCAAGACCGUGGGGUGGAUUCACAGUACGUGGAUCUAGCUGAGGUCAUCGACUUUCCUAUUUCGAAUCAGGGCCUCGACCAGGACUUCUACAAUAAUCUCGCUGCAGCUCUUGGCCGAAAGAUUCGGGCUUGUGAAAACAAAGUACCAGUUGUUACUGGCUUUUUUGGAACCGUGCCCGGGGGCCUCCUCGAUCAGAUUGGCCGCGGUUAUACUGAUCUCUGCGCUGCCCUCGUUGCUGUUGGAAUAGAUGCUAAGGAACUUCAAGUCUGGAAAGAGGUCGAUGGAAUAUUCACCGCAGAUCCCCGGAAGGUGCCUACUGCACGCCUUUUACCUGCAAUCACGCCAGCUGAAGCAGCUGAACUGACAUUCUACGGUUCGGAGGUAAUUCAUCCCUUCACCAUGGAGCAAGUCAUGCGCGCCAAGAUUCCAAUUCGCAUAAAGAAUGUUAUGAACCCAAGAGGUGAUGGCACCGUGAUCUUUCCAGACUCUACUUUCGAAUUGGAGAAGACAACUCCAGGCCAUGAUCCGAGGCUAUUCCGUACCCGCAGCCCUAGUCUUGUGCAGCGGCCUAAACGCCCAACGGCGGUAACGAUUAAGCACAAGAUAUUGGUGAUUAAUGUACAUUCCAACAAACGUUCGCUCUCACAUGGAUUUUUCGCUGGGAUAUUCUCCGUUCUCGACAGGUGGAGACUUUCAAUUGAUUUGAUCUCUACGAGUGAGGUUCAUGUCUCGAUGGCUCUUCAUUCGGAAAUGCCUCUCCUCAAUGGAGUCGGGAGGGAUGAAUAUCAAGUUAUUGAUGAAGAUCUCAAAGGUGCUUUGCGCGACCUGCAGCGAUAUGGUACAGUUGAUAUCAUCCCCGAGAUGGCAAUCCUUAGUCUUGUCGGGAAACAGAUGAAAAAUAUGAUCGGAGUAGCUGGCCGGAUGUUUUCUACCCUAGGUGAGAAUAAUGUCAAUAUUGAGAUGAUUUCCCAAGGUGCAAGUGAGAUCAACAUCUCAUGUGUCAUUGAAGAGAGAGACGCUGAUCGUGCCUUAAAUAUCAUCCACACCAGCAUGUUCACGUUCUUGGACUGA